UGGCAGGGUGAAUGUCGGGGGAGGAGUCGCCCGGUUUCAUUUCCUGGCUGCUUGACGACGCAGCAGCUACAGCCGGCUCCUCUCUCAGAGGAGCGGAGAACGAGGAGCCCCCUCCACCCCAGCCCAUCUCCCUCGGCCUCCGCCACCGCAGCUGACAGGCGCUCAGUGGACCGGAAGGGCGAAUGGGCAGAGCAGAACUUGUAGAAGGGAAGAUGAGCACCCGGGACCCCUCGGAUCUGUGGAGCAGACUGGACGGAGAAGCGGAGUUGCUCCAGGACUUGGGGUGGUACCACGGCUGUCUCACACGCCACGCGGCCGAGGCCCUUCUCCUCUCCAACGGACGCGACGGCAGCUACCUGCUGAGGGACAGCCACGAGCGGCGAGGCCUGUACUCCCUGUCGGUCAGAGCCAAAGAUUCUGUUAAACACUUCCAUGUUGAAUAUACUGGAUAUUCAUUUAAAUUUGGCUUUAAUGAAUUUUCAUCUCUGAAGGAUUUCAUCAAGCACUUUGCAAAUCAGCCUUUAAUUGGAAGCGAGACAGGCACUCUGAUUGUGCUCAAGCACCCCUACCCCAGAGAGGUGGAAGAGCCUUCCAUUUACGAGUCUGUCCGGGUCCACACUGCGAUGCAGACGGGGAAAACAGAAGACGACCUCGUGCCCACAGCACCCUCCCUGGGAACCAAAGAAGGCUACCUCACCAAGCAGGGGGGCCUGGUCAAGACCUGGAAAACAAGAUGGUUCACCUUGCACCGAAAUGAACUGAAAUACUUCAAAGACCAGAUGUCACCAGAGCCAAUUCGCAUCCUAGACCUAACAGAAUGUUCAGCUGUACAGUUCGAUUAUUCACAGGAGAGGGUAAACUGUUUCUGCUUAGUGUUUCCAUUCAGGACAUUUUAUCUCUGUGCAAGGACAGGAGUCGAAGCCGAUGAGUGGAUCAAGAUUCUACGUUGGAAAAUGUCACAAAUAAGAAAGCAACUCGACCAGAGGGAAGGGACCAUCCGAUCUCGGUCUUUCAUCUUUAAAUAGAUCUUUCUUGCCAAGGAAUGGCCUGGCCCUGGAGCAAGAUGGAAUGUACCCUGAUGCUGUGAUCCCAGCAGGCUUCAGAAAGAAGCUGAGGAUUUUCUUUAAAAACUCAGUCAGAAGCAGAGACUAUCGGGGACGCACAGGGCACCGAGCUGGCUCACAGAAAGUUGCUGCCCUUCUGAGGUGCUGCCAUCUCUUGAGAACAUCCAAGUGAUGAUCAUUAUGACAGAAAUGGGUUAAGUCCCACCCCCAGGUCUGCUGACUCUUAGAACACUCCCUGUAAGAUAACGGUUUUUGUUUGCAUCCCUUAUGGUCCCCAAGCUAGUUGACAUUGGUUGCCUGGAGUCCCACUCCGAGUUACAACCAGCUCCUUGGAUUCCCUCCCACACUGUGCUUACCUGGGAAGGAAGUCCUUGUAGACUUGGAGAGUUUCUGCUUCUUCAGAAAGUAUAUGCAGGGAGCAAGCAGCAAAGAUCCGGGGAGUGGGUGUUUUUUGCUUUCUUCUUUAUACGAGAAACAAAAACAGUUUCCAAAACUAAAAUGGAAAAUGUUUGCAAGUAUUUUCCCUUCUGCAAAGGCUCAGAAAUGUAAUACACAAGCCUUUCACUUCUAAUGCUAGAACUGUGAGAACUAAGUGUGCUAUGUCUGAUUAGGUAGGACAAUAAAGAUAAACGAAGGUACAAGGUUAAAAACAUCCUUCAACCAUUUGGGGGAAACGUUUGAAAGAGUAAGAAAAUAUUAGUUGAGUGAAGCUGGCAGAUGGAGUAGUGGUUAAGGUGCUGGACUCCUAUGUGGCUGACUGUGGUUUGAAUCCUGGUCCUGGUGGUUUGCUUUCUCACAUUC